CCCCCGCCCCACGCGCAGGCCCAGCCAGCUGAAGCCCCGGGGCUCGCGCCAUGUCAAAGAAAAAAGGACUGAGUGCAGAAGAAAAGAGAACUCGCAUGAUGGAAAUAUUUUUUGAAACAAAGGAUGUGUUUCAAUUAAAAGACUUGGAGAAGAUUGCUCCCAAAGAGAAAGGCAUUACUGCUAUGUCAGUAAAAGAAGUCCUUCAGAGCUUAGUUGAUGAUGGUAUGGUUGACUGUGAGAGGAUCGGAACUUCUAAUUAUUAUUGGGCUUUUCCAAGUAAAGCUCUUCAUGCAAGGAAACGUAAGUUGGAGGUUCUGGAAUCUCAGUUGUCUGAGGGAAGCCAAAAGCAUGCAAGCCUGCAGAAAAGCAUUGAAAAAGCUAAAAUUGGCCGAUGUGAAACGGAAGAGCGAACCAGGCUAGCAAAAGAGCUUUCUUCACUUCGAGACCAAAGGGAACAGCUAAAGGCAGAAGUAGAAAAAUACAAAGAUUGUGAUCCACAAGUCGUGGAAGAAAUACGCCAAGCAAAUAAAGUAGCCAAAGAAGCUGCUAACAGAUGGACUGAUAACAUAUUUGCAAUAAAAUCUUGGGCCAAAAGAAAAUUUGGGUUUGAAGAAAAUAAAAUUGAUAAAACUUUUGGAAUUCCAGAAGACUUUGACUACAUAGACUAAAAUAUUCCAUGGUGGUGAAGGAUCUACAAGUUUGUGAAUAUGUAAAUUUUAAACUAUUAUCUAACUAAGUGUACUGAAUUGUCAUUUGCCUGUAACUGUAUUUAUCAUUUUAUUAAUGUUAAAUAAAGGGUAAAAUGCAGAUGUUCUUCACCCCUUUUUGUAGAUCAAAAGCAGGAUGAUAGCCAUAUCCCCCCAGUGUGCAUCAGGGUAGGACAAUACAAAUAAAGACAUCCAUCUCA